ACUCAGGCUCCAGCUGUAUCUGUUUAGGAAAAAUUAACCAGAAUUUAUGGCCAAUUUUUGUUCAACGCAUUUCUUCAGGGUCUCUUAGUAGGAGCCAGUCCUCAGCCUCCAUCAGACAUGAUCUUGACUCUGCCUUCAUUACUCAGUUUAUCAACUCGGGUUUUUGAGGUUAUGUAAUGUUGCAUGUUGCACUUUCAGACGAAUGUUUUAAAUCGAAUUAACAACAUUUCCCUUAGUAAACAGCCCUCAGCAUGAAGCUUCUUACCCAUAAUAUGCUUACAUCCAAGUGCAUUCGAGGUGUCAGCGUGGGUUACCCUUUGAUUAUUAACGCCACAGAGGUAAAAGUGAAUCAAACGCUUUUCAAUUCGGAAUUCGUCUCCAAACUGAUACCAAAAGUGGACUGGCCGGUGCUGUACAAUGCAGCGGAAAGCAUCGGACACUCGGAAGAUUUGCCCAAAGAAGCCCCCAAUGACUUCGAACAGAACGAGGAGUUUUUAAAGAAGGCCCACAGGGCUCUAGUGGAAAUAGAGGUGAUUAGUGGGAACUUGGUGUGUCCGGAAAGUGGCAGGAAAUUUCCUAUUAGUAACGGCAUUCCCAACAUGCUGCUGAAUGAGGAUGAAUUCUAAAUCAAGCCGGUUACAAAGUGAUCUGUGUUGUUAAUUGAUUAAUAGUGGACUGAACAUUGAAAGGACCCUUGACUAGAUUUAGUUAUUAGUCUUAACACAGUUGUAACUUUGAGUUUUAAUCUUGUAUGUAGGUAUGAUGGUACCUAAUCUAUAAAUUGAUUGAAAUUGAA